AUGUUGCGCGUGGCUUGCGCGUAUGAAGACGACGGUUUCCUCUGGGAGGCGAACGGGCACUGCGGAGAAAACCGCGUCCCGACGCGUGGCGGCCUAGCCGUACCAGGCCACGUAGGAUUCGGCCGAGGCGGGGGCUCUUGUGUACAGGAGAGUGCAGAUGCACAGCGCACGCCGUCGGAGUGCGGAUCCGCGUGUCGUCCUUUGCCAGUACGCCGGGAAACCCCUCGACGCGUGAAUGAUCCGUUCGUUCUUCCUUCUGACGACCGGACUGCUCAUGAAGGACCUGAGGCCGCCGCCGUGGAAGAUUUCCCGUCCAGCCCGAUUGAAGCUUCGACAGCGGCGUCUUCGCGUCGGGAGAGCUGCCGGCAGUUCCUCCCGUCUGCAGGGGUGUCGCUCGAAUUCCCACACUUUGAUGCGCUCCUGGCAUCCGCAACACCACAGCCUCCAGGAUCCACCAGAGGAGCUGGGCACACAGGUCAAGGCGCGCGCCGUGACGCAGUGGAGGCCGAGAACCCCCAGGCUGAGCGCCGGCUGUUCCUCGAGCCCCCAACUGCGAGUGAGUCAGCCUACGGCUUCGGAGCCGUUUCAGGGAUUCCACGGCCGUCGCUGAUGAAGCUCGAGUCCGUUUUACACGAGGGAACAGACGCUUCGAAGCCUCCACUCGCCAGGCCGACUCACGACCUUGAAGGUCGACACCAUGAAGUGACCUACGCAGUUAGCUGCCGAGAGCCGACACUUCGGAGCCUUGGUGCAGGCGCCCCAGAUAUGGCGCCUUUGUGUGUGCGUCCGAAACAAGGCGCGUUGACAUCCGAGCCACAGCCGGAGGGCUGGCGCCCUCGGUCUAGGCUCGUAGCUGCGCGCUGCGGGGUGGAAGGCCUGCAAGGGAUGCGCUGCGAGCUCGAACUGGAGCACUGCACAGCUUCGCUGCGCAACCGGCGAAAGCAGGAGAGCGAGAAGGGAGGCAUUGCACCCUCUGAAGAGGCGACUGUCGGCUGGCCCGAUCUAGCAGACGGUGCGGAACCGAGACGGGCGUCGUUGCCGUGUCGCCUUGUCCCGGUGAACGGAAAAGCUGCUGCGGACAACCGGCCGCGCCGGCGUCGAUGCGACAGCCCACUCAUUCUGUGUGGGGUAAAAGAGGCCCACGACUAUAAACUUCACGGCGCCUCGCCGAGUGCAAGAACAUCCUCAGCUCGACCAUCCGGACUCUUCCCGAUCAGGCGUCCGCCAGUUCGGGGAGUCCCCGACACCCCGGCCGGAGCGUCUCGGCGAGGGACGGCGCCGGCGUCGCUCAGCUGCGUCGAGGGCGGGCGCCUCCGAGUGCAGCGGUGCUCGAGGUGUACCUCCGAGGUUGACUGGGCGGGACGGACCGAGGACCGUCGUGCUUCGAGGAGCGAAACGCUGUGCCGCGCCUGCUGGCGCAGCCGGGAAAUGGCCCUCUGGCAACAGUUGACGGACUGGAGGGCGUGUAUAAACGGCAUUCACUUUCUGUCGCUCCAAAAGCACUACAAGUACCAGCUGCCAAACCAAGAGGAUUCUGCUGCGUUCUCCAUCCACAACAAGAUCGAGAAGAGGAUCUUCUUUGUUGUGACGCAUACUUCCGAGCCUGCGGCUGCCUAUCUUCCAGGCGGAUGGCACAUGUCGCUGUACUUGCCGAAUCCGACCAUCCAGCGGGAUGUGUUGGACGUGACAGAUCCAAAGUCGACUGACGCCUUCACAGCCAUUCGUGCAGACUUGCCUUGUGGCCAGUCGCUUCUCUCCUACGUUUCACGACCGGUCAUAACCGUCAACGAGCUUGUCCACUGUGGAGAGUCUCGGACGACGAUACAGAAAGUCCUCGGCUACAUCUCGACAGCGCGUUCGCCGUCCACAGCCCUGCGCAUCUACGAUGCAAAGCGACACAAGAUCCUGGACAUUGUGCGACGCACGAAGGGCAGCAAGAACCGCCGGCUGCCUCAGGAGUGGGUUGCGUAUCGCCAGAACAAGAGCAUUGCGGUGAAGAUAACUCUUUUCCUGGACGAGUACAAAUCCAUCGCCGGCCGAGAUGCAACGAUUCACUUUGACGAUUCCACGAACUCAGCGAUGAAGAUGCUGGCUAUUGUUUGCCUCUCCUAUAUACAGCUCCUUUCCUUCGGCCGCUGCGCCGGCGCGGAGAUCUAA